UGAGGUGAAAGAACCAUCGCUUUAGAAACACCCCCCCCCCCCCCCCCACCACACCACUCCCUCCUCCUCCUCCCAUGGCGAUCUCCGGGGAGGACAGGUACGCGGCGGCCGGCGGUGGCGGCGACUCCGGCGGGGGGAAGCUCUGGAACCUCUGCCGCAUGCCCUUCUGGCAGCCCGGCGGCGCGCCGGCGACGGCGUCGGCGCCGCCGCCGCCGUCGUCGUCCUCGUCGUCGGCCGGGAUCCACCACCACUCCGCCGGGCGGUACGGCCACGAGGGCGGUGGUGGUGGUGCCGUGGCAGGGGACGGCGCGCCGGCCGGGUCGAUCUCGUCGGUGGCCAAGUCGCUGCUGCCGGCCCGCCGCCGCCUCCGGCUCGAUCCGCCCAACAAGCUCUACUUCCCAUAUCAACCAGGACAACAGGUGAGGAGCGCAAUCAGGAUAAAGAACACAAGCAAGUCUCAUGUAGCAUUUAAGUUCCAAACAACUGCACCCAAGAGCUGCUUCAUGCGUCCUCCUGGAGCCAUACUUGCCCCUGGGGAGACCAUCAUAGCAACUGUUUUCAAGUUUGUCGAGCACCCAGAGAACAAUGAGAAUGUUCUACAGAAGUGCAAGGUUAAAUUCAAGAUUUUGAGCUUGAAGGUCAAAGGACCCAUGGAUUACGCACCAGAAAUGUUUGAUGAGCAGAGAGAUCAAGCCGUAGUUGAGAAGAUCCUGAGGGUUGUUUUUUUGAAUGUUGAAAAUCCAGGCCCACAACUGGAAAAGCUAAAUAAUCAGUUGGCUGAGGCUGAGGCUGCACUUGAGGCAAGAAAGAAACCUCCUGAAGAGAAUGGCCCAAAGAUUGUUGGCGAAGGGCUUGUCAUCGAUGAAUGGAAAGAACGAAGGGAAAGAUAUCUUGCACAACAACAGGUUGAAGUGGUUGACUCAGUGUAAAUUGUGCCUUUCUUCUGCUUCUACCGAAGCUAUGCCUAUAAUAUGGCUUCAGAAAUGUGCUGUGGCAUUCUUGUAAACUGCUAGAUUUUGUGGUUGGUAGUCUAGUGUGUGGUAGUCUAGUGUGUGCUUGCAGAAUCAGUCGCCAAAGAACAAUCUAACUCCCGUAUUUUCAGUGCUUGAUGUGUAACUAAUAGCACAUAUGUUCUAUUUUUUGUGUUAGUGCUAAAAUCUGCUUGUCAAAACAAUAAAGUUCACAAGCACACCUUCCUCUGUAUUGUUGGGGAAGGCACAUUCUAUCAUCAGCUUCUACCUGUUUUGUAUUGGUUUGUCAGUGAUCUGUGUUCAUUUUA